AUGCCAAAAAGUGGCUGCCCAGGGGCAAAUGGAUUUCAAUGGCAAACAGGAUACAUCUACCAGGAUCUCGAGGACGAGGAUAGUGUUACUUCUGUCUCUCCGAACUCUCAGCUCAAAGGCCGGGUCUCGGGUGAUGUCGAAAUGUAUUUCUGCAUAAAGGACAACAUAUCAGCAUCAGUCGAAAGAAAUCGAUCCCGAUGGCCUGCGGGGGAGUACUGCAUCUAUCAGAAAGGCUCUGAUUGUCCAGAUGGACUGCAGAGUGGGUUUAUAUUAUGGGAUGACGAAAACGGUGCUGGCGGAAUAAACAAAAACGCCCAUGCCUGCGUUCUUCCAAGAGGAGUAUUUGAUAACGACACAAAGAUAUUCUUUUGCUGUAAGACCACCAAUAACGGAUAUAAAGAGCCAAUAGAUCUUCCUUUUGCGUCUCCCUUUUACUUGAUGGCGUUUAGACGGCGUUGCCAAGAAGUUCUGUACACCAUACAUAAGAUGGAAUACAUUACAUAUGACACAGAAGAUGAUCAUAAUAUAGACAAGAAUUCGUUCCCAUAUCCCCAUGGAGCUGACUUCUACGUGCCGAAAAUACGUUACUGUUACUAUAGAGGUAACAGGCUCUCUUAUCAUCAAGUUGUGGUUUGUAGCAACUAGUAAUGAUAAAAAAAAACAUCUGAUAGGCUGGAGCGCUCACGCAGAACCAAGUCGAGAAAUGAAGCUUCAAAUUACGCUUGCUACACCUGCGACAGGUUACGAAUUUUUGCAAAUGUCGUAGCCUGUAUGGCAGUCUUUUCCCUGUUCUUUAAACAAAACAGGAAAAUGGAGUCAUGCAAAGGCGUGGGGCGAAAUCCAUAUGUAUACGCUUGCUACCCACUUGGGUCAAGCUUCUCAUGCUAAAAAUUGUUGAAAGGAAACAAACGUAGUCAGAGAGGGACGGAUAUGCGUCCCUCCUGUCUGUUGUCAGUUCUCUUUUUGGAUUGAUUUUGAAGGCCAACCACUCAGUUUCCAUCCUACAAUGCCGCUAAUAUUUCAACUUCGGAAUAAGGCCUGGAUGUUCACGCUUGUGUGACCCGAUCGGUUUUCGACUUUCUUACCUUAUCUCCUUCCUCCAUAAGCCUGCCUGUAAUGAUGAAGGACGUCAUCGACACGAAAUGCUUGUAAUGACAAUAAAAGGCAGUUGUCUUGUGAACGAAUCCUCCAAACCCGAAUCUUACUUAGCAAGGUAAUGUUCGAUGGAUGUGGUUUAUCAAUCUAAGUGUACCGUAAUUUUCAAAAGGGAAAACGGCUUAAGACUUUCUAUAUGUUAAAACGCUAACGUUAGGGACUCAAUACAGUAUUUUAACCCUUCAACGUAGUAGACUUCACCAGGCGACACCCUUAAACAUCGAGGUAGAAUUAUUGGUCAAUGUUUACAUAUUGUUUCUCAAUUUGGUUUUCCUUACAUUCGAACAGAGUGCACACAGACAAUGACAGCACUGAAUGGCACAUUCCGCAGUCCAUACUAUCCACAAAACUAUAACAACAAGGCCUGGUGCAAGUGGCAUAUUGAAGUCCCUUGGAAUUACGCUAUUCUGAUCACUUUUGAUGACGUCAGUUUAGAGUCCGGUUGCUGUUGGUGUGACUUUGUCAACGUGUGGGAAACAUUAAUGAACGGAACAACAACUUUGAUUGGUUCAGUCUGCGACAUGACAACGCCACAAUUAAAUUCCACUGGUAACAAUGUUACAGUUAUUUUUCGAUCAGAUUUUAGUCAGUCAGGCAAAGGAUUUCGUGCCAGGUACCAAGUUAUA